AUGGACAGCGUCCGCGCGGCGGUUUACCUGAGCGUUUUCCUCUCGCUACUGUGCGUCUGCAGGGGUCAGAUGUCACUGGACAACCGAGUGACCGCACAAGACGAGCAGUUCAUCAAAAGAGACCUGGCUGAGGCGCUCGAUGAACUUUUGGAUGGAGAUCAGGACAAUCGGAUAUCUGUGGAGAAAAAAGCUAGCGUCAUUCCCAGGUGUGAUGUGGGGGAGCGCUGCGCAUUGAAGCACGGACCGCGCAUCGGGCGACUGUGUGAUUGUAUGCGAGGAACAGCCUGCAAUACUUUCUUCUUGCGCUGCUACUGA